AAAGAAGAAACAAGAAAAUGGCAGUCAAUGGAGAGACUAAACCCAAGUCAACUCUUGGAGAGCCAGUGUGUCUUUUGCAGAGUGACGCCCUCUUACAGUAUAUUCUUGAAACCAGUGUGCAUCCAAGGGAACCGGAUUCACUAAAGGCGCUUAGAGAGGUCACCGCGACACAUCCAUGGAGUACUAUGUCAACAUCAGCCCAUGCAGGACAGUUUUUGAACAUGUUACUGAAACUAGUGAAUGCUAAGAACACUAUGGAGAUCGGUGUUUUCACCGGUUACUCUCUACUUGCUACCGCCCUUGCUCUUCCCGAUGAUGGGAAGAUUUUAGCCAUUGAUACAGACCGUGUAACCUAUGAAAUGGGACUUCCCAUCAUAGAGAAGGCUGGAGUCGCCCACAAAAUCGAGUUUAGAGAAGAUCUCGCGAUGCCUAUUCUUGAUCAGAUGAUUGCCGAUAAAAAAUAUCAUGGGACAUUUGAUUUCAUAUUUGUUGAUGCUGACAAGGACAACUACAUCAACUACCACAAACGCAUAAUAGAUUUGGUUAAGGUAGGUGGGUUGAUUGGUUACGAUAACACCUUGUGGCUUGGUUCUGUGGUCGCCCCACCAGAUGCACCAAUGAAACCGCAUGUUCAAUAUUACAAAGAUUUCGUAUUAGAGUUCAACAAAGCCUUAGCGGUUGAUUCAAGGAUUGAAAUAUGUAUGCUUCCCCUUGGUGAUGGAAUGACGCUUUGUCGUCGGAUCAACUGAAGGAAAACUCUUACGUAUAUUGUUAUAAAUGUAACCAAAAGUAUUGGAAGAUCGGGAUAAUGUGUGUCGGCCCGAGUUAUUUUUUUUUUUUUUGUGAAUUUCUAUAUUAUCAUGUCUAUGGUGUAACUAUUUAAUAAAAUGUAUUAUAACAUGGUCGCAAUCUAGCAUAUGUUAA